UGCACGCAGCGCAGCGCGGCGCAGCAGCAGCAGCAGACUUCCCGCAGGGAUCUCCAGGAUUAAACACACACACACACACACACAGCCGCUUAUAUGGUUGACAGACGGGAGUAGGAACUUGGCGAAAACACUCCGCGGGAAGAAGACGAAAGAAAAGUGUGUGUGUGUGUGUGUGUGUCGGGACUGAACUCCUCCAGCGACACGAUGGAGCGAGAGUUCGAGGACAUCGACUCGUCCGGGAGGUGGCAGAACCUGUACAACGAGAUCCGUAACCAAGCCAGCGAAUAUCCUUACAAAGUGGCAAAACUUCCAGCGAAUCGGAAUUUGAACCGCUACCGAGACGUCAGCCCAUACGACCACAGUCGAGUGAAGCUAGAGAACUCUGAGAAUGACUACAUCAACGCCAGUUUGGUUAUGAUGGAAGAAGCCCAAAGAGCUUACAUCCUUUCUCAGGGCCCUUUGAGGAAUACCUGUGGUCACUUCUGGCUGAUGGUUUGGGAGCAGUGUUGCAAAGCUGUGAUCAUGCUCAACAGAGUCAUUGAAAAGGAAUCUGAGAAGUGUGCACAGUACUGGCCCACCACCGAGGAGCUACAGAUGUCUUUCACUGACACGGGGUUCGUCAUCAGGCUACUCUCAGAGGAGGACCGGUCCUAUUACACAAUCCGAUUGCUCGAACUGCAAAACACAAAGACGGGGGAGUCGAGGGAGAUCUACCACUUUCACUACACCACAUGGCCUGACUUUGGCGUCCCAGAAUCCCCCGCAUCCUUCCUCAACUUCCUCUUCAAGGUCCGGGAGUCCGGCUCGCUGAGUCCGGAGCACGGGCCCUCCGUGGUGCACUGCAGCGCUGGAAUUGGACGCUCAGGGACCUUCGCCUUGGUGGACACCUGCCUGGUCCUGAUGGACAGGUGUAAGAGUCCGUCCUCGGUGGAUAUACAGAAGGUGCUUCUGGACAUGAGGGAAUACCGCAUGGGCCUGAUCCAGACCCCCGACCAGCUCCGUUUCUCCUACAUGGCCGUCAUCGAGGGAGGCAGGCUCAUCCUGACGGACAGCUCGGCCCUACAGAACGAGGAGAGACUGCUGCCCACAUCUGCCCCCUCCUUGGAGUCGGAGCUGCCUCCUCCGCCGCCUCCACCCAGACCUCACCUCAACGACAGCAGGCCCAACGGCCAGCCAGCACCCUGUGUGGAGCCGCAGGCCGCCUCAGUGGACCACCAGCUGGAGACGGAGCCUGACGGCCAUGACCACGACGUGGCAGAACACUCUGGGCAAGUCAGAAAGCGACACCGCGAGGACCGGAUUGCCAGCACUGCACAGAAGGUCCAGCAGAUGAAACAGAGACUGACGGACUCGGAGAGGAAGCGAGACAAGUGGCUGUACUGGAGGCCCAUCCUGCUCAACGUCGGCGCCGGGGCGGCUUUGGCCGUCGGCCUGCUGGUCUGCUGGAUGUACUCCCAGUGAGGAACACUCUGGGUCACUUAGAACUGACUCUUAUUUUGCACCUGUACCCGCGGUUGGGUACUUCUCCGAGCAGAUUUAGAUGAUAAAGUUGUGCAUAACUGAGGGUAUUUAUUUCUUUUGAGGUCAAAAUGCAGGAGCGCUAGAUCAAACGAGUGUGCGUAUAUUUUUUAUGUAACAUCUUAACAAAAAUGGUAACAUCUCAGGAUCUCGGUGCCAGCACGAUGAUUUAAUUUUUUUGUUUUUCCUUUCCUUCUUGUCACUGUUAAUGAAUGUACUGUAUCAUAGCAAAUGGCUUUGAAAGAAAACCUUCUAAAGGUGCAGUCAAAAAAAAAAGACAAAAAAAUACUCUGACAGGUUUAUUUUUGCAUUCUUUAUUUGUAAUGGUCAAAUGUGUGAUGAUGAUGAUGAUGAUGAUUAUGAUGAUGAUGAUCCGUGGACAUGUUUUAACAUUUUUGCAUUUCAAAAUGACCUGUGUUGACCUGCCGUAGAUGUGUGUGAAGAGCUGGGUUGUUUUUUUUGAUUUCCUGUAAUGAAAUUCACAUUUCAUGCCUGCGUUUAAAAGGUUCACCAGAGCACCACUUGUUCUUCCAUUUUACAUUUAGCAGGGAACCCCAAUAUGUUUCAUUGCUCUGCUAGAAUGUUAAACCUUUUCAUCUUCACAGCUUAAUUGUGAGUAUUCACCCACUGGAUGGGUUUCGUGUGUGUUCAGGUUAUCCCACUUUAGUAAACCAAAGCAGUCCGUUUUUAUUAAAAUACCAGCCAGGCAAGCUGUUCACUUGUACUCCCUUUAUGUGGAACGUGUUUUCUGUUGGAUCUCUUGACAUGACUGACGCCUAAUGGCAUUGCGAAAAUGAUACUAGUCAUUGUGUUUCACGUGGCUUUUUAAAAUUUGAACCCAUAGUAUCACCAAAUUGUUUUUUGCAAUUGACUGGGACCAAUGUAAAGCUAGGAUUGUGCAAUUUAGAAGUUGGAGCAGAGCACCUAUAAUUGAAGUCUUAAAGUUAGGAGAGAGUGACGGCAAACACGUCUUCACCCGUUUUUUUUGGCAGGUUUUGAGAUGAGCUUUUAAUGUGCCUUGAAGUGAGUGAGAAGGAAAAAGAAAAUGGGUGCUCAAAGGUUUCCCAGCAUGAUCAGUACAGAAAAAAAAAUGUGAGCUGUCGUUUGCCACAUAACGUGGACACUUUUCAUUGACCUGUUUUGCAGCAAUCAGAGGUGCGAGACGAUAAUUUGCAUCAGGAAUUGAUUGCACGCCAGGUGUGAAAGUUGCGUGUACUGACUGCUGAGGUGACGUGAUGUUUGUUUAAUUUAACACAGAAAAGAUCCGUUUGACCAUAACAUUCCAUUUAUUCUUGGUUUUUUUUUUUCCACAUGAGAUUUCAGGGGGAGUUUUGUACAAUGCUGAGCUGCAGUGAGAACAUGACAGAUGGUGUUUUGAAGAAAAAAAAAGAAAACUCAAAUGAAAUACAGAUUAAAAUAAAAACAUUCAUCUUUUUUUAACCAAA